AUGGGGUUUUCUCCUUUUCUUCAGCUUGGAAUCAAGUACGGACCUCCUAUACUAUAUUUGAGCUUUACAAUGUGGCUGGCUACAAGAGACAGACUGCUCAAAUUUGGGAUAUCUUCAAAUGAAGUUUGUGCACUCUGUAAUGUCGCGAAGGAGUCUAGGGAUCAUCUAUUUUUCCAAUGCCAUUUUUCAGCAUUUAUCUGGAAGCUUUGUAAACUGAAACUGCAGCUGAAUGCUACUGAUGCUAAGGACCUGAAAACAGAAGCUCUGGAAAUCCAACAAAAGUUCAAGUUGAAAGAUAAAACUUAUAUAUUAGCUAGAUUGGCUUUGAAUACAACUGUUUGGCAUGUUUGGCAAGAAAGGAAUAGAAGGAUCUUCCAUGAUCAAAAGAUGCACAAGAUAAUGGUGUUUAGGAGAAUAUAUGAAGACAUCAAUAUUUUACUUAAAACAUGCAACUGGAAGGUUGGAAAUUCUGAUAUUCUAACAAAUUGGGGUUAUGAUAAAAUGUGA